AUGCUAAUUUUUUCUUUCUUUUCAACGACAACAGACUACACCCUCAACAACCCCGACACGCUGACCAAGUACAAGUCGGCUGCCCAGAUCUCCGAGAAGGCCCUGGCUGCUGUCUCGGCUCUCUGCGUUGCUGGUGCCAAGAUCGUCGACAUCUGCGAGAAGGGCGACAAGCUGAUUGAGGAGGAGCUGGCCAAGGUCUACAGAGGAAAGAAGGUCAAUAAGGGCUUCUCUCACCCCACGACCGUAUCCCCCAGCUCGUAUGUCACCCCCUACACCCCGCUGAGAUCGGACGAGGCCGAGGCCGCUGUCGAGCUCCAGGCCGGCGAGCCCGUCAAGAUCCAGCUUGGUGCCCAGAUUGAUGGCUUUGGCUCCAUUGUCUGCAACACGAUUCUCGUGCCCGCCGAGGGCCAGUCUGGCGACGAGGUCGUUACCGGCCGUCCCGCGGACCUGAUUCUGGCGACAUACUACGCCAACGAGCUGCUGCUCCGCCUGCUGCUCCCUCCUGGCAUUCUGGCUUCGGGCACCGACGAGGAGAAGGCGAAAGCCGCCGCUGCCAAGCCCAUCACCCAGAGCAAGAUCAACUCCUUGCUGGAGACGGUCGCCAAGUCGUACGAGGUCAACCAGGUCGAGAACACCACGUCGUGGCUGUUUGAGCACAACGACAUUGAGGGUGCCAAGAAGAUCAUCCUGGCCCCCAGCGAGGGCUCCAAGGGUGACGGCAACCCCGAGGUGGGCGACGUGUGGGGCGUUGAGGUCGGCAUGAGCCUGGGCGCUGGUAAGGUGAAGACGCUGGAGCAGCGGUCGACCCUGCACCGGCGCACCAUCCAGACGUACGGCCUGAAGCGCCCGACGUCGCGCAAGAUCUACUCGGAGGUCCAGAAGAAGUUCGGCCUCUUCCCCUUCAGCCUGCGGCAGCUGGACGACGAGCGCGAUGCCAAGUCGGGUGUCGUCGAAUGCGUCCGCGGCAACGUCUUCCGCCAGUACGAGCUGGUCGGCGACAAGGAUGGCGCCCCUGUGGCCCGACUGCUGACGACCGUUGCCAUCACGAAGAAUGGCAUCACCAAGCUGGGCAGCGCCCCCGCCCUGGACCUGAGCAAGUACCAGUCGGACAAGAAGAUCACGGACGCGGAGAUCCUCAAGAUCCUCGAGCAGCCCCUGGCGAGAAACACUGGCGCCAAGAGCAAGAACAAGAAGAAGAAGAAGAAGCCCGCCAAGAAGGCCGCCGCCGCCAAGGCCGAGGAAGAGGACGAUGACGAGGAGGACAGCGACGACGACAGCGAGUAG